AUGGCCGGUCUAGAGGACAAGUCACCCAUGGCCGGUCUAGAGGACAAAUCUGUAACGGCUUGGGACCACAUCUUCUCGGACCAUAUCUUCUCCGACAAUAUCUUCUCCAACUGCCUUAAAAUGGAUUUACCUGAACUCCCGCCGAGGAUGUUUACAUUAGGAGAAGAUCCCGCUGCAAUCAGGAGCAUUUCGUAUCAUUCUGAUGACACGAAGUUGUUUAAAGCUCUAUGUGAUUGUCUCACAGCUGACGAAUAUGAUGAUCUGAAGGCGUCGAAGUUGGGAGUGUUCAUCAAAUUCAAGGAGCUUAAGUUUGGUUGGACUUCAAGGCUGGUACAUUUUAUGCUCUGUUUCCAGCUGGACAUCAAGAAGAAGUUUGAGCUCUGGAGUCUUGUCGCUUCACAACCUGCGAGGUUUUUACUGAUAGAGUUUGAACACCUCACUGGUCUGAACUGCGAUUACAUCAAGGACCUGGAAAAUCCAAGGUGUGAGGUUACGAAAGAGAUGGCUGCUUUCUGGGAGAAGUUGCGUGUUGAUCUCGAUACUGGGCCAAGAUACAUUGAAGGGAAAAAGUUCUCAUCCGCUACACCAGCUAGUCUUGUAAGGCUAGUGAUGGAUUUAGAAAAUUUUGAGAAUUAUCCAUGGCGGAGAGUGGCGUUUAAGGUGCUGAUGGAUUCUCUGAAGGCAAAAGACUUGACGCAAACAGGUUACACUGUUGAUGGGUUCAUACAAGUCGUCCAAGUGUGGGCGUACUAUGAUAUGCCAGAAUUGGGUGCUAAUUAUGGGUCUCCCGUACCAAACAGACCGUCUCUACUGUUGCUGGCUUACAAGGGUGGCAAAGGACAACACAAAUGUUUUAAGGCUACUAUAAAAAAACAGAAUAACAUGAACAACUUCGUUCGGAAGGACUUUGAUGAAAUGUUUCCAAAAUGGGACAGAGACGUAGAUGACCCUGCCGCGGAUAACAUAAUUAAAGUCAUGUUUAAUGAUCCUGGAUGGAAGUGGACCAUAGACUGCUGGCAAGUCACCAGUACUCACAAGGUUGUGAAGAUGGAAGUGAGUCCAGGGAAGAAUGAAGUGAGUCCAGUGAAGACGGAAAAAACUACAAUGAAGUCAGAGAGUGUUGUGAAGGAAGAAAGUAGCAGACCUCGGAAGAAAGCUCGUAAAGGGUCUUCUGUUUCUGCUGAGACACUUGCGGCGGGUAGUGAUGGCUUUGGGAUGACGAAACAACAUAUUGAAAGGGCCUUCAAGGACAUAUCUGAUGCCAAUAGUUAUGGCUUUGGGACGUGCCUUAGGGAGAUCAAGUUACUGGGGGAUAGGAUGGUAGCUGUGGAGAAGAAGGUGGGAAUCACCAAAAAAGGGGGUUCAUCUGAUGAUCGUCAACUUACAACCACUUCAAAUCCACCAAAACCUGUGCACGAACCCGGGAGUAAAAGUGUGAAUGAGGCAAAAUCAGGACAGAAGGAAGCCAAAGAACCGAGUCUUACUACAGAACCGAGUUCCUCGAGAGAGCUAUGUCUUGUGAGACCUGCAGACGACUUACCGAGUGAUGAUCCUAGCGUUCUUCUAUUGGACAAACAAGUUUCCACUGCUUCAGAUUUACUCUUGGAAGAAGCUAGAAGGCAGACAAAGAAGGAGACUGCUAUGGUGAAUCUCCGUGAAAAAAGUGAGCGAGAAAGGAAACUUGCUUCCACACAGCAAACUCCUUUUAAGGGAAACAACACUGCCAAACAGAUCAUUCCAAACAAAAAGGUUGGCCGAGGCUAUGAUCCUUUUGCACCCUAUGACAAGAAGAAGUCGAAGGAGCUCACUGAAUGGGUGCAACAAGAUCUGUAA